AUGCCGCACCCUCCGGAUUUUAUGGCGGAAGUGAAGGUAUUCCUCAUUGAAUCUUUAUAUUGUUUUCCAAGGGUCUGGUGAAAGCGAAACUAAAAGAGCUCGGUGCUUUCGUCGACGAAGAACUUCCCGAUUAUAUAAUGGUGAUGGUUGCCAAUAAGAAGAAGCGCGAAAGCAUGAAUAACGAUUUGCAGCUGUUCCUGGGUGCACAGACCGAAAGCUUUACUGAAUGGUAAUCACGCCUGUCGCCAGUUAUUUCCAUUUAGGCUUCAUCUGUUGCUGGAGUCCUAUUCAAAAUCAGAAGGUAAGUAAUUACUGAUAAGUAACUCGGCUUAGACAAAAGGAAACGGGCGCCCGCAAUUCCUAGCGUGAAUAAGGACGAGAAAAGACUUACAAAACGCCAAGUUAAAAACAGUCGUAUGGACUCCAAGAAAUCACUCUCCAGAUCGCGUUCAAGGUCUCCGAUUACACAGAAGAUCGCCCAUCGUACUGCGCUUGAAAGUGAAGCGGACGUUAUCAGUGUUCGGGCAGACGAAAGUAACCAGCCUGGUAUCUGUUUAUUUUUUAGACGAAUUCAUUGAAGAAGGCUCUACACCAAUACAGAAGGAGGCUGUUUCUCAAGGGACAACAAAACCAAAAGAACAGCGGAAAAUCGUCAGCACGUCUUCGCUGACCGGUUCCUCAACUGAAGCCAGUGGCGAGGUGGGACCUGGACUACGGUCAGUAGUUAAGGUAAGAAAUUUUGGUAAUGUUGACUGGCCCAUGCGAAUUCUACGUAAGCCCUGCUCUUUACUAUCGAGAGUCUGCAAGGCCGACUACUGGGAAAGUGAGGACCUUAGAUAACUUACCGCAUGGUCAGCCUUAACAUUUGGCCGUUUGUAUUUGCCAAUUUCUUAGUCUAUUUUUGCAGCAUAUGGGAACUGUUCCGUGCAGCUCGAUUGGUUUUUGUUUUUUCGUUUGCCACCUCUUAGAUCCGACCGUUUUACAACCCUUUAGUCCUAGUUUUAUGAUAAAAGUGCCUGCUUCGCAAUCUGAUUGUUGUGCAGUGGGGAGUGAUUAGUAUGUAAUUUAUUUAGAAGAAGUCCACGGAGUCGGAAAACAACUCUGGUUAUACUGGACCCUAUUUCUUCGCCUUCUUGAGACUUGGUUUCUUUUUAAACACCAAUGCGUCUUAUCUGGCUCAUACUUUCCAUUCAUGUGCUUGAAACACAAUAUCCUCAGCCGCCGCACUGGCGAACAUCCAGAACUUUGAAACAAAAGUCGUCCAUAAAUCCAAUGACCUCUAAAACACUGCACUAAUAAAUUAGAAUAAGCUCGGUAUUGGUACUAUCCUGUAAACUCAUCUGUAACUAACUGGCCUUCAUCUGAUCGUCGUCAGCAUAUGCGCCUCAGCAGUGCUUUCCCUGUCUUGCUAAACGGGAAGCUCUAUUUUGACUUUUGGGAAAUACUAUACUUUUUUGGGACUGAUAAUGUUGCUUAACUGAUGCUUUCACCGCACUGUAUUCUGAGCGUCCACGACUGAAUGGCUGAUAUCUAGACAAAUAGGCAGACCACAAGCCACAAUGUUACCGCGGCGUUAAGGACUGAGGUAUGGCACACCAGUUGCACAGAGUGCGAUGAUUGCACUGUGGGAUAAGGUCAGUAAGGCAUUACUAAAUAUGUCUUUCCGACCACCACCCUAUUGACCGAAUUUCUACUCGAAGAUUAAGUUUAAAACAGGUGAGCUGGAUUUGCAUCGUUCGACUAAGUUUCAAUUAAUGUAAUGACUUGCACAGCUAACAACGCCUGCAGACCUAUGUUAAGACGUCGGGUGAUAAGACGCGAAAUAUACUGCGUAUAAGGCAACGAAUUUCACAUUUGUGUUGUAGAUGAUGGGCCCCUUGUAGCUCGUAUUUAAACGGUGCCUGCUCCUUAUUGUGAGUUCAUCAUACCGAUCUCCAUAGUCGAUUGCGGCCAACCUUCCAAGCGAAGUUAAGCCCGUUAGCACACCAGCCUCCUAGAUCAAAGGACUAGUUCUUUCGAGGUCAGCAUGUGCUAAUUUUACCAGAGCCUUCAUUUGGUUACCUCAGUUCUCUUGUUAGCUAGGACCGCGUCCACCCGAGGUAACGUUCAAUAUGGUUUCAUCUCCAGGUUAGUGCGUCGCAUGGCCAAUCCGCCACAGACAGGUGGUCCUAUCUUUGAGUGGUUGCACAGUCAUUUUUAGGAACUCGAUCAAAGAGACAGACGUGAAUAGCGGAACGCAAGUAUGAUUAAUAAGAACAUUCAGGCUGUACUGAAAGUACAGGCCACCCAAAAUCUAUAUGGAAGGGUAUCUUGGGAGGCAUCAUAUGCGCACAGCGGGGUCUUCGUGCUGAUUUUAAGCCGAUUCCAGAAGCUUCAGGAGUAGCUGCGCGCCCGAUUUGUCCGGUGGUUGGUUGCACCCUUGUUAGUUAUGUAGAAAGUCCCGUCCAUAGCAUAAGGCCAUUCACUAGACCGAAGACUUCGUUGUCUACCAAGACCAAGCAGACCCCUUCAACCGCAAAACCCAGGACGAUCGUCUUUGUUCUUGAGAAGUGUUUUGGUCAGCUUAUGUCAGUCAUGCGCUUACCUGAACUACGACACGUCCCUCUUCAUUCUCGCGGUCUUGCGUCCUUAUAUUUCUGUAGAAAGAUCGAGUAAAAUCAAUUAAGUUCAAUGGCAUGCCAUCACGCAACAUGGCUGGUUGAAUGGUAGGCCUUUGCCGCUGACUGUGUGUCCGCAAUGUGAAUAGCGGCUUUAUUUCUGACACCUCGACCAAGGCCGGGCCCUGACGUGACCACUCCAAUCACCCUCUCAACUUCGGUGACCAACCCAUCACGCCUUCGCUCUCCUCUGCAACGGAGUCUUAUCCCCCUCCACCCUAUGCGGUGUCGUGCAACUCCCUUCUCAAUAAACAAAUUAUGGAUGCAGUACUGAAACCGUGAAACAACGAGCUACUCGAGAGAACGGUGUUAUCACCGAAGUUUGCAAGUCUUGCGUCAACACUGGCGCCUUAGGUCCACGGACCAGUUAGGCAAGUGUGGGGGUGAGCUCAUUCGCGAUCACCCGGUCUUGAUUUUUGUGCUUUUCCUCAGAAGGGAGAUAAGGCAAACAAUAAGAACUACCGCAUCAUAAGCCCCGCCGAUUAUGUUUCUAAGGUAUUUCUUAAUUUCUCGGGAUGUUUGACUCUAGGACGAGACCCUGAGAAACUGAGUUUCGACCUGACCGUGAAUGCACCCACGGGGCUAUUUACGCUGCAGCGCAUCUCGUUUGGCUGUCAGAAAGCCACGGUUGUUUGCUUUGUCGGCUUCAUCGUAACGUUCAGUUAUGUGCAUUAUGAAUUCCUGCGACAGACAGUAGACUUAGACGGUAUACCGACAAAAAUCCUCGCCAUGAUUAUGACCAAUUAUCGCACCACAACAAUCCCACAGCCGUUCGACCGUCAAAUGGGCAUUGCAACAGCGACCGGACUCCCUUAGCCGGUUGAACACAUGGGCCGCGUUUGACUGAACCCCUAGCCUUUGCGACACUGUGACGUUCUCAUUAAUUGACUGCAGCCAGUCAUGGCUCAGGCCCGCGCUUACGCCUCGCACCGACAGAAAAGAACAAUGGCUGAUUCCCGGUUUGGCAAAUCAAUUGCUACCCGUCAGAGUAACGGACUGGCCUGCUUAAUUUGUCUCUGAUUCUUGCCGACACCACACCUCGACAGUUUUCCGCUACCCACCCUAUUUAACCGUGCCGCUGACCACUCACGUCGAAGGUCCCUAUGAAGUUUUGGCGAUGUUUAAUUUGCAAUCGAUCACUGGCUGGCUGACGUUUGCUACACUGGCGAUAUCUGCCUAAUGGCGUCAGGCCAUAUUAACCUACGGUAUAUGACACUCGGAGUAGGUGAAGUCGCAACAUCAGUCGUUUUAUCCGUAAACGCUGAGAAGACCAGCGUUUUCGAGUUACAGUUCUGACCAGACGACACCUCUCUGAAUUAAUGACUGCCAGCGUCGGAGCGAAGUUGAUGUCAAAUGUACAAGUUAAGGAAUACGUGGUCUGUCAAGUCCAUGUUGAUCGCAGGGCUUUCGAAAUCCUCUGAAAGUGUCCAGGGAUCUAAGUCGCCACCCCCGUCUCACGAAAAUCAGUGUGUACGGGGCAUCUUUCUGGUCAGUCCUUCUGUGCUCGGCUGUGCGCGUGAACGACGAGUGCGAACUGUAAGCGUUCGGCCGCCGCUGUCUGAAAAACACCCUAAUUAAUUAUACAGACUUCGUCUCUAAUCAGACAGUCCGCAGGAUAGAUGAGGUCACUGAACCAGUCAGUUUAUUCAUAAACGUCGAGAAGGCCAAAGUGUUUUUGAGAUACAUUUCUGCCCAGGAGAAGUUACUCCUCAGACAUUCAAACCCCAUCGCUGGGGGAGAGAGUGCGUCGUGCUCCAGAUCCGCUGACACAGAUCGUCGCGCAAAGAAGUGGAACCCGCGACAUCAUCGAGACCGGUUGGGUUAUGGAUGGCCACAAGUACAAGAUCCACGUCUGUUUUUGACUACUUGACAAAGUGUGGUAGUAAUCUUCCUACUUGGCAACUUGCCUAGAUUCGUCUUGUUUUCCUGGCAAUCAUUUGCAACCAGGUACAUAGUAGUUUUAGUGUUUUUAUUAGUCUUGACGGGUUUUUACUUACUGCACCGGUGGAGGAGGAGUGUUGCGAGAUGUGAUCGAACUUUCGUCCUUCAUCAUUCUGAUUUGUAGCGUUUCAAGUAUCGAACUGUUUAAUUCUUGAAUAUCCGAGUGCGGAAUGCGAGUAGAUUGUUGACUCCUUUUUUCCUUCGAAAUUGCGCUGACCCCUGAAUAUCUCGGUAUCCUAAUAGGUUCUGCUUUAGUAUGACAUCUGGGGAUUCUGGCUUUGGGCUUCCAUCUUUAUAGCAAGGCUGUUUAUGGAAUAAACCUUCAAUUUAAAGAACCUCGGUGACAAUUCCCCCAGUUCCCUAUGAUUAAUGCUCAUGUCGCAGCAGCGAAAGCCGCAGGGAGACCCUAGUCUCUAUGACCUUCAGGUCCCGUCUCGAAUAGAAAGAGAUGCCAUUGGACGCCUUUUGAGAGGGCAGUGCAUUCUGUACAGAAUGAUUGGAGAACCGGCCGAAAUAAGUUGGAAGCCGGACGAGAGCACACGGCCGGCGCCGCGAGAGCGGCGCCCCAAGUGACAGUUGGGGAUGCGUCACAGCGUCUGGAGCGAACGCACGCCUUUAUCAGCCUUGGAGAUGACUGGUCGGUUCGUGCAACCGUGAUUGGCCAAGAACCGGACUACCAAUGGUGUGCACGUUCAAGUACUCGUGAUAUACUCGACAGGUACCCGGGGUAGGGCUACUACGCUCAUAAUCAAGUUUAUUGUUCUCAAGUGCACCCGUUUUCCUUAAGCUCUCAACACACGUGCCGUGUUCUACCACCAUGGCACCACACGCCCGACCUGGUGGACUUCUUCUGAAACGCGCAAUGUCUGAGGCUCAAGCGAGUGUGGCAUCAACUACAUCUAUUUCACCAACGAAGUCCACACGACCUGCUGCUGUAGUACACGGACGAAAACGGCCAGCGGACCAGAUGGGGUUCGUUCUUCUGAUUCGGCAGUGCCUCGCUUACCUCUAAUAUCCAUUUAUAUCAUUAUCUUUCCAAAGUGUUUUGGUUUGAUUUGUGUUUUAUGUCUAGGCAAUCCUGCUUGGACAGCCAGCUUGCUUUAUCAGGAUUUAUAGAUUUCAUAUGUUGCAUUAGGUUUGGUGGGAGGGGGAGGUAAAUCGACCCAAAUAUGAUUAACCUCACACUUCCCAGUCGGGACCUCGUAGCUGGGGUGGUUAGGGCGUUGGCUGUACGUAAAUCUUGCACUUGCUGUGGUGGGUUCAAAAUUCACCGGGGCCGCGGAGUUCUUCGUAAUUGGAUCAGAUUAAUUUUGUUAGUCACCCAGAAACACUUAUGAAUGUUUGCGCUAUCUUGAAAAUGUGUCUCCCAUCAACGCCAUUCUUUACACGUUGGGCAAGACUUAACUGCCUCUUGAAUUUUUGACUUCUCGGGGUUCGUGAGGCGAGCAACCUUAUAUUUCAAGUGAAUUAAAAGUCCAUAUUCAUUUGCCCAUGUGCGUUCCUGUCGGCUCGACUGUAGACUACCACAGGAAAGCUAAACGAGAUCAUCUUGUCUUAAGUGUCCUUUUACUUUUGGCUUCUGUCUCCAGCUCUUCACCUAGAAAAUGUAUGCACGAACAGACUUGCUAUGCUGAUGACUUAGGUAUGUAUUCCACAGUAUCUUAGAGGGCUUGAGUGUAUGGUUUUCCUCGGAAAGUUGUGGCCUGUAAGGAGUCUGCUUGAUGAACGCUUUUGCGUAGUACUAUUCCCUUGUAUGUUUCCCAGGUUGGGGUCAACUACACUGUCUCGCUCUUUCAAAAGUUAUCCUGAAUGACGGCGACUUGCCACGCUUAUGACAAUCGCGGUAUUUCUUCAAAGGAAAAUACCCCUCCUCCCCCCACAAGACUUUAACAUCGAUCCCUAAUACCUUGGUGUUUGCUAAUGUCAGUUAUCAAUAAGACCGGUUUAUUUAGGCGACCUUCAUUUUUUCUAGGUGAUCAGAUUUAAUUAUCAUUCAUUAACAUGAGUUUCUCCAUUGGAAAUCUUGUUUAGUAACAGAUGUCCAUCUUCAAAAGUUACCCCGUGACGCAUUUUAGAUAUUCUUUCCAAAUCAUGUUCUCAACGUGAAUUUCAGAAAAAAGGGCGUUUACUGGGUAAAGUUUUUUUGAUAUCUGACGUUUGGAGUAGUGAUUUCGUCCAUCCACCUUCAGGCACUUCCGAAUGCUGUGCACAGUUCUUAUUAUAUAUCUCAUUUUGUUUGCUGUGCCAGUCGCCAAUGCCGACUGCGGGACUAGGUCAGACUCCCGUGUCGCCUCUGCCCCCCUUCCCACAGCGAUAAUUGGCGGCUCCGAUUGCGACCCGAUCGCAACGGACAGGACAACAAGCCCGUAGCUUAAUAGUUAGGGCGUUGGAGUCUAACCAACGGGUCGCACGUUCGAGCCUCGGGGGUCGUAUACCAAGAAUGCAUGAACAUCAGUUGGCCGUACUAGGUUGUGCCCAAAGUCGGAGGUAGCAACCCCUGUCGCGCAGAUGGGACACACCUUCAAUUUCGACGUCGUUGAGGUUGUGGGCCGAGACGGUGAUCAUACAUCAAGGCAAGGUGCAGGUCUACCAACAGCCCAGUCAAUUUAUCACAUCAAUUUAUCCGGUUUUACGAACCUUCUUGACAGGACAGCGACAGCGUGAAACAAUCGAGGCUGCCAAUUAUCGCCGUGGUGAGGGGUGAGGCGGAGGCGACACAGGAGUCUCACUUAGUCCCACAGUCGGCAUUGGCGACCGGCACAGCAAGCAAAAUGAGAUAUAUACUAAGAACUGUACACAGCACUCAGCAGUGUCUGAAGAUGGAUGGACGAAAUUACUACUCCAAACGUCAGAUAUAAACCUCAGCCAGUGAACGCUUCUUAUUUUGACAUGUCAUCCGAGAAUCGCACUUUUUCCAUUUUUGAUACAGCGUGAAUUCUUCCGUACUUUCUAAAGUGAGAGCAGGAGGAAAGCUGAUCGAAAACGGAUUCCUUAUUUGGGCUUUGAAGUCCUUGUUUUGCGUAAUGUUCAGCAGAUAUUAUUCUCGAGAUGUAAAAUAGUGAUUAAUGCAUGUGUUUUCCAGUCAUUCUGUUUCGGUUUGUUCUGAGGGUCUCGAUCGUAAAUAGUACUUUCGAACUCUUUUAUUUGCCGUCUUAUUGAAGUGUUCUACUUGGGUUCAUCGUUUACCACGUGCGUUUUCGUAGAGUCGCAUGCAUGCAAUAUCAAAUUUUUAAAAUAAAAUAAAGGUUUGGAUUGUUUUAAACUGCCGCAUGGUUUUAUACAUUCGGCUCUGUCUUAAAACCUGUUAUAUGCGUUAGCAUUCGUUGGUACUGACCUAGUUACGCUUGAGUACCAAUACAGAGUCCACGUCCGUUAUCGCGUACUGCACUCCGUCAUGGAGCUUGUGUGCUUUCUAUCAGAAGUCAUGCUUCGUGUUAAACUUACUAUGCGUACAUACUUGACUUAACGGUCUUUUACUCAGACCCCGGCUUCCUGUGACCGAUGACUGUCACAUAGUGUGCAGACCAGGUUGCAUUCUGCCCUUCUGCCUAAGUCGUCUGAUGACUUUGUGCCUUCUUUUUCAGCUCUUCUCUGGAGGACGACAUAGAACCCCCGGCCGCCAAGUCGACCCGCUUCGUGGUCACUCUCAACGACUCUGCCGUCAGUGGUACUGGUAGUGGUAAGGAGGUACCCGGUGCAGUCGGCGUUUCCAAUGUCAAGUCUCGUCUUGGUCCUCGAGUACCGUCUCGCGCUCUCGCAGAGGCUGACAGGCACGAUGCAGUCGGUCCGGCCCUGGAAGUGCUAGACGCUCGAGACAUUCUCAUUGCUAGGAAACUGCAAAAGUCCAAAACUAGCCUGUCAGCAGAGUUACUGUCAACGAAGGCAAAUCGUAUGAUUACCGCUGAAAAGCCCAAGGAUACGCCGCCCAUGGUGAUUAGUCUUAACGACACCGAUGAGGAUGAGCUGGCAGAAACUGCGCGCCUUAUGAAAUCGCCAGUUAAAGCUGCUGCGGUGGUGAAAGAGCAGUCGGCUGAACCGCCUAAACGAGAAAACAUACCCAGGUGGGCUACCUUUGCUUUGGUACCUGACCGCUUUUUUCAGAUAAUUGGGCUGCCACUAAGAGGGGUAAACGGAGUUGGAAUACGAGCUUUCGACGUUCUUGUGGUAUUUCGUAAACAAAUCUUACGUGCCAGUGUUGAACACUAGCGUGCCACUCUGUUUUGUGCCUUCAUGUCUGGUGGCGGGGGUCGCAUCAGCUUUAAAUAAUGAUAUUGUCAGGUAAUAAUGGCAACAGAUAUCAAAAAUGCCGAAAUUUCAUCCUCCAAUGUUCACCUAAGCCACCGAAAAAGUUGUUUAUGACCUGCUAUCUUUAAACUGAGUACUAUUCAAAUCCAAAUUCUCGGAAAUGCUUUCUGACGACGACAUUUAUUAUCGCCAUCCUUAUCUGCAAGGUUCCAAUCCUACUUUCAUUAAUCACCCCUUUGCCGUCAUAUGGUCAUUCUCCCCUUUUCAAUGCAGCCAGUCUUGCAUGUGUGCACAGAUGGGCAAGAAAAAUUAGGGCUGUCCUCUUGAAACUAAGCAGUAGACAACUCCGAUUAGUUGACCUGUGGAGCCCCCUACGUUUAGUGACUAAUUUCAUAAAAGGUUAACUGAAAUACUCAAGUGUGUGUGGAUUAAAGAAGAACGAAGCUCGCUAUAUUUCCAAAUCCCGGGCGCCCUUCACCAAAUGUCUGUGAUAGAGUUGAACCCCAGAUAUGGCACACAUUUUCGUGCAUUAAGAACGUCUCUGAGGUCACCAAGAAAAUCGUCCGCAACUUAAAUAACGGCGCUGCACGUCGACCAUCGAGCACAGUGCACAACAAAAUCAUGUGCAACAAGGAUCGUUUUAACUCAGGCGAGUAAUUGGGUAGUAACCACUUCCGGGUGUCGACUGCCCCUACAAAUACACAGGCCAGAUGGAGCCCAGUUAUCGGCACACAAAUGGGCGCUCGGCAGGAGACCUGUUAUCCUUCGUGGUUGUCCUCAGUCUGGGAAUAAUCACAACUUCGAUUUUCUGCCAUGUCGACAAUCAGUGCUAUUUCACACGCGGGGUGAUUACGGUGUGGAAAUCAGGUCGGAAAUAAGUAAGCAUUAUUGUCGAACUCGGGCUGAGCCCUACGCGGCUAGUCUAAAACAUCCAGCUCAGCCCCAUAGCCAACGACUGCCAACAACUUCGACAAGGCCGUCACAGCGGCUGACAUUUUCAGUUUCUAAGGCGUCUAAAGUUCGUGUCGAUCCUUCGUUUAUGUAAUUUUUCUCUUUUAGCACCCUUGAACGCUGCAAGUACUGGCCAAGUUGCCGCAAUGGUGCCAGUUGUCAAUACAUGCAUCCAAAGGAGGAGUGCCAGAGCUUUCCCAACUGCCGCUUUGGCGACCGGUGUCUCUACUUCCACCCCGCCUGCAAGUUCGGCGCCGGUUGCUCUCGACUCGGAUGCCCUUUCUCCCAUGCUGGCCAGCCCCCCAACAUUGGUAAUUGUCUCCUUCAUCGUUAUCUCGUUAGCCUAGACGUGAGCAGGCGGACCGCAUGUGAACUGCGGCAGAGGAGGGUUGCUUCUAUUAUGGCCAGGACCGACAGAAGUUGGCAGACUUAGUCGCUUUUGCGAGAAAGUCCGGCAAAUCAAGGGACUUUUGUUGCAGGUGGCGACUAGUAUUAGUUUUUAACCAGAAUUUUUUUGCCAGCAAAAGGCAUGAUAAACUGUUCGCUGGCGGUUAUUUCCAGUAGAAGCUAAAAGAAGUUGCAGCCUUUCUUUUCGAGAACCACCACAUUUACCAGAAAUGUUGCAGUCAUACUGAAAUUGCUAUUUCGGGCCUAGUGUUCGCCGACCGCUAAUUAUACCCCACUAACUUGCAGGUGCUUUACCCCUCACGAGUGAUGGCUCGAAACUACUUGAAAUGCCUGUUUACUUAUUCUAGCCACACAGACCCUCGGCGUACUCUGCCGUUUUUACCCACGAUGCAAAAACGCCGCCUGUCCCUUCCUACACCCACCCAUGGCGCUCUCCAAGCCGGCUGUGGCCAAGGUCUGUCGCUAUGGCAGUGCCUGCACCAACCGUGUCAAUUGUCCUUUCUCUCAUCCAACUGGCGCCGUGGUUGGCGCUCACACCUCUAUUCCCGCCACCCACAAACUCAAGUGGGUCGCUCCCGGCAAGGCGUCAAGUGCUGCCGCCAACUCUGCUACCAAGACUUCAGAGACGUCCGGUGGCUUUUCAUCUUCCACCAAUGAUCAGUUGACGGGAAACACCCCUAGUACUGCGACCAUAACCGCUACUGGUGUUACCGUUUGAUGCGAUCGACAAAUCGUAGAUUAUAUCUCCAAACGGGUUAGUCUCCAUUUUCUGUAUCCACGUCACCUUGUGUGACGCCUUCUACUGCUCUGAAUAAGGUCGUAGCGGCAGUUUUGUCUGCGCUUGAUACUUAAAUCUGGGCGUCCAGGAUUCUUGAUUGGCGUGUCAUUAUGUUCGGGCAUACUUUUGCUUCAGUCGCCUUGCUACUUUAAGCCCUCCCUGAAAAAUUUAAGCAUCCAUGCUCGUUUUUAUAAUGCCACCUGCGGACUGGCAUAAGCCCCAACCUCUUCGGUUGCCUUAAAAUAGUCGUCCUCUCUGACCCUUAUGAGGCGCAUCGUAGGCCAUGUUCGUAAGCAUCCAUCUAGUUGGGGUUUCGUAGUCUAUUCCGAUUUGGUGUUAACCCCUUGUUCUGCAUUUCAUGAGGCGAAGCGAAAAUUUUGUUAGCAUAGAAGCCUACUGGUGAAAUAAAGAUUUACCGAGGCAGCUGAUCGCCUGGCGUGCUAGAGCUAUAGGAAACCGAAGUCCCCUGAUUAGGCUCUCUGUGACAGGGACCAUAUCAACCCUCCCUUUUUAACCGCACACGUACGCGGGCUUAUUUGUGUUUGAUAACUGUCUCACUGCUAGCAGUCAUCAAUCGCAAAAUUCUGUUGUUCAGUCUAAAUGUCAGGCCUCUGCCUCAAAAAAACUACCUCAUUCACAGUAUUCUUCAUCGACCUCCCUUCCGAGAUUUCCCAAGUUUCCGCACUUUGCCUAGAUUACCGGAAGUUUCAACUUCUUUGUAAAUGUGUUCCAUGCCGCCAUAAUUUUACUCCAGCGUAACUAAGUUAUAAAAACGGUCGCAUUGUAGUUUCUAAAAAAAACUUUCCUUGGAGCCUGUUAGUUCCUCCGGUUUGUUACAUUUCAUCUCUCAGACGUUAUGAUUGAGCAGCUGUUAAGGAAUUUCUUGGUUGUUUUCGACCGAAGUGCAGGCUCUGUUCCGUCUCAGAUAGUCUAACAAAACUACACUCAGCACGUUUACUUGGGCUAUGCCAGCGAACCCUUCACACUUUCGACACUUCUAAUGCCUACUUUGGAUCGUCUUUUUUGUGGAAAUCACCGUCUGAUUUCAAUCUCGCGCUGGCGACAUUAUACCUCAUUGAGGCAUAAGCAACUUCAAUUAUUAUCCUGGUUGCCGUUGAUUUUAAUGUUAAUGAUAAUUUUCCUACCAAAGUAAGUGUUUUGGAUGACUUAAAUCGAUGCGUUGCCCUCGACCUAUCCUAUUCGCAUAAGAAGGAAAAACGAGAGACAUCCCCGAUAUCCUUUAUUUUAAAUGUUUUCUCGCUUAUUGGUUGAAGAUCACAAGACCUCCUAUGCUGGCAAUCUACUUAAAUUCAUCCGUCUUUUUUAUUUCUCAGGGGCUCCCUAUGAAGCCAGUCUAUGGAAUCAGGGUCAUUGGUUGGACUCAUUCGGGCCGUCACAGCUUGUUUAUUUUUAUUCUAUGAAUGGAGUUUUGUGUCCCCUUCCGCUUUUUCUUCUUCAUCCGUGUGUGGUCUUCCCAUCUGUGUGCACAGUUCUCCACGCGGAACAGAGUUGCAUGCGGAUACAUCAGUAUAAAGUGCUCCCUUUAAAUGUGGUCAAACACCUACCUGCACUUCCUACGUGUUUAAUCAUGCGUGGCCCAGCCAUCAUCACCGAUGCCGUGUAUAGUGUCUCUCCACGCGCCACAUUUUGGCGGCAAAUUUACUGAGCCUCACUCUUUAAUAUUCGUACUCUGGAUUAACGGUAAAGCCACCUUUAUUGGGUCGACAGCCAUUUAAUAAGUCCUACGAUGAUUUCAUGGACAAAGUAACUAAGGCAAACAGUUCAAACAUCUUGAUAACCUAGAUUUAAUCUCAAGAGGUUUUAGAUUAGUUGCGAAGAGUUUCCGACAAGGACAAUGAAGAUGGAACUGGCCAUUCUUAGUUAAUAGUCUUUCCACGACCUUGCUCCCGAUUUCAGUCGACAAUGUGAGCCCAUCACGCAUCGUGUUGAUCUUUAAGCUUCCCUGCCGACUGGACCUGAAUUGGGGUCUCCGGUCCUCUCUCCCUAGGUUGGAGAAUGGCUGGUUUGCGUUGGCACACCAGACAGACUCCCAAUUAACCUUUCCUUGGUCGGUAUGACCUUAAAGCGGUCGAAGUAACUAACCUUAUCCUGCCAACUGCAAGCCAUUGAGUUUCACCAUUCAAAACCGCACAAACCUUGAUUUUCACCUCAUGCUCCAAAGGCGACGUGAUUGCCGAGACCUAAGCUGCAAGGAGAAAGUGAACGUCUUCGAAAGUACGCAACCGCACACUUGAGGGACCUGGAGAUAGGUUUCUUGUCACCUGCCCAUAGUGGGCCAUUUUCGUACUGCCUUUGCUACCAUGACGCUGUACGAAGCAGUCAGCAAUACAGCAAGGAUGUUUGCGUCCGAUAUAUAUUACAACUUUCUGAUAAGCAGUCGGCGAAGUGUACGGGUAUUUUCUGCUAACCGAGUGUCUGCCAAAAGAAGGUUAUCCUACAAAUACAAAUGUGGGCACAAGUUUGGCUGUCAGAGUACACUGCUAGGUAGAGCUUAGUGUCCGGAGAAAAUGUAUAUCUUAAACAAGAGCCGGGAAUCACAACGCUUGUUCUAAGAGCGCAGAAAGAAGUUUCUCAAUGACUUAAUGACUAUAGAAAUUCCAUAGGGGUUGGCGUGUGUUAGCUUUAAGAAACUGGCGAAAUUACAUGGGUAAAAAUAAGCUUCUAGGGGAUUGUUUUGCCGCGCUCAUUGUUCCCUAGUUGUGUGGGGGGGUGUCCUUGACGUCGCCGAAGUCCGGACCUUGGGUGGAUUUUUGAGGCAACGGUGGGGCGAAGGACCCAACUUAACUGUCGGUAUGCCGUGGAUCGUAUCAAACGUGAAUGUUGAUAAUGGGAGUUUUACGGGUAGGGCAGCACGCCAAACAGUAAGUUGACGAAAUGCAAGAAAACGGGAAUUGUCUGGAUUUCUGCCGAAAGUCUUGUCGUACGCCUUCGUAUGACAAGGGAAGUAAAUAAAAGGCAAAUUUUCGAAAAAUAACGGAACUUGAGUAAUGGUUUGAGGUCAUGGGAAUUAUCUUUGGCAGUGUAAUGUCCGCAGCGACCUGCAAAUGGAUGCCAAUAUGACACGAUCCAUUGUCAACUGACAGGUAAAUGGAGUCCUUCACCCUACAGUUGUCAUCAUGACCUUUGCCUGUUUGUCACGGCGCCUCUACGACCCCAGGAUCAACUUUACUUAUCCUAAACAGACCGCUAAUCCAUCUGAGUUACUUUAGCGUUCGGAAAAUCAGAAUUCAUUGUGGUUCCCUUUUUUGAUGAAUAUAGACAGAAAAGACCCUUUGCUCCAUCAGGCAGAAAUAUAGUCCUCUUCAAGAACCGCUACAAAUGAAAUGGCCUUUUUUCCUGCUCACAGGCCAGAAACAAACCGAAAGCCAGUCGGGGGAGAUUUUAGAUCAACAGUUAAGGAACUGGAAACACCAAAGGGGCAACAGAAUUCCGUAGCCUGAUGUUUGAAACGUUGCCUUACUGACCAGAGAGCCCGAAUUUCAGUUCAACCUUGUAGAUCUCCCUUGUUAACGUCUACCUACUGGUGUCAAAAUAUGAAUUGUCACCCCUGGCGGCUGCUGAAUUGCAAUAUGGGCACGACUUUUGUUUAGUGGGAAUACGACCCGAGGUUUGCUUGUCGUCCCCUCCGAAGGAGUCUUUCGGGGUGGGAAGUUUGGUAAAUCUUUUAGGGACUACUGGCUGUGAAGACAUGACAGCCGAUCGUUCUAAAUGAUGAUGUCCACCGUGUCCCCUCAGCACGGCGAGUGCAGGGACGAUGGCUUGCAUGUGAAUUAGCUCAUAGUAGGCCUGAGCUACAUAAACCGCGCUCUCUCCACACACCCCUUAGCUCCGUUUCAAGGCAGUGUCAAGACCGGAGGUUUGAUCUGACGCGGUGACUGGCAGAGCUUAACAGUCCGUCUGCACCUGUAACACAUACAAAGUACGCGCGACGGAUCAGGUUUUUCAAAGAGAGGAUAAGGGGACGACUCGGAAUCCAACAGGGUUGGAAUGCCAUAGACGCCCCCCUCCCCCCCCCCAUCCCCCGAAAAGGUGGUGAUUCGCAAAGCACGCAGCUAAAAGGUCCGCCAAACACUCCCUGAAAGACUGGGGCAACGAGAAAACAGAAAAAUCAAUCAGCAUGAGGCCGACCAGCGCGGCAUGCCACUAAAUUUAUGGUCGAAUGAGAGCAUUUACGCUUUGACCGUGGUGUGCCGACCCCGCUCUCUGAGACGUCAAAAUUCCAAUAAACCUGUUCCCGCGAGCCCAUCAUAUUUCUAAAAUCACCAACACAGAGCUCUGAACUUCAGUCAAUCGAAACCAUUUUCGCUUGACUCUCCGUCCCGAGAACAGGACCGAGUUAUCCCGUCAUUUGGCAACCAUCUAAGCCAGGACUUUUAGCACGCCAUGAUAGUUUACAAGCGCGUACGAUUGUGUAUAGGGAGGAAUAUGCGUUGCGUGCUAUGGGGUCGCACCAGUCUACUGUCGAAGCCGGUCAGUCAUCUGAUCUGGGUAUUGGACGCAAGUGACUGACAGGACUAAACAAUUCGUCUGCGCGUACCCCACGUGGCCUGGCCCCACACACAACAUAUCUGAUUUUUGUAUAAAGAAUGUGGGCUGCUCGGAUAUCGCAUGCAUUAGAGUACUGAAGAUGCCGCAUGGGAAAGGAGCCGAAGAAUUCGCUUCUUGCUUGAGUGAGAUGAUGAUGGUGGGUGAUGUAGGAUGGGUUCUUGUGUGGUGUAUGCCUUAGCGGAAUGAUGUGUGGUGAUGGGGUUUGGUCUCCGGUAAUUUACCGCAGAUUUUUAUGGACGCCCAUUUGGUGACCCAGUGUGUGUAGACGGUGCAAGUGGUUGAUCCGGGUGUAUGUCGGGGUUCCAAACAAAAGUUCGUCGGUCUCGAUACGAUGGAUUCGCAAGUGACCGGAAAAGACAGUGCGUGGUUUCGAGGUGCGGUCGAAUUGGGAAACGUUUUGGGUCAAGUCUGUAUUGUUGGUGGUGAGGGCGGUUCGACAAGUGUGCUGAUUUACAGGUCCCAUUGGGGGUUUCUCCAACGAUAGGAAUGGGACGGUUGGUAGUCGUCGUCGACGCACGUGCUGUGACAGUGAUGAUGAGGCGGCAGCGGUGGGGUAUCGGGAGUGUGCUCGUCAGUGGGGGUUAUUUUUGAGGGGAUUACAGGGUUCGCUUCAGGUGUGACGACGGGGCGUUUGCAGAGACAGUAGGUGGAGUUUUUGCGUCGUAAUCGCAUUGGGUCCUGGCAUAUCCGCCAAGGUCGAUCCGUGCGCGAAAUGGCCGGUGCUAGCGGGGACACGCCUAGAGGGGCUUGGACGAGGUACUUCCAGGUCUCCGGUUUGAUUGGCAGAUUCUCUGGGGCAUUUUCAGAGUUAUUUUAACGUCGUUUCUGUCCUCUAUGCCGAAGGACUCUCCUUGCGAAGUCACCGGUGCUUGGGUAGACACUCGUCACUUCACGCGCUGUGGUCGAUCCAUCGUAGUUAAAAUUGUUUCAGCAUGGCAUGGAUGCCGAGGAUUUCGGUCUGUUCUAGGACUUCCGUGUCUGGGAUUCUAUCUUGCUACCUCAGCUCCAAUAUUAUUUGGAGAGAGCUGAGGUGGUAAUGAUUGAGUCUCCUUGUUUGUACAGCAUAUUAUCUCCAUGUCCCCAUCCCGUAUAACAUCUUCAUCGGGGCUACAGCCCUCGAAGGUUCCAGACUGACGACUGCAGCCGGCAGAAGACCGAUUAGCUUUGGAAACCAGGUGAACCACUUUGUCUACGAUCUUGAAAUUAAUUGGAAUUUCGCCUCCAAGGUAUGUGAAUUUUUCCGCAUCUACCGCGCUCUCUGCUACCCACCUGGGCCGGUGUCAAGACAUAGUCAAACGGAGUCGAGAGAGGACGCAGAUGACUGCCACGGCGAAAAUCCACAAUUAAGCGCGUUCCACCGCAUUGGCUCGGGUCCCAGUGAGUGGGAGUGCUAUAUAGGCCACAUUAAGAGGGAGUCAUUGCAGCCUUACUCUCAGUCCAUCAGUCGGCCACCUCACAAAAAACACACUGGUCUGACUGCGAGGUCCGAGUUAUCCUGUGAAUUGGCAGCCAUGCAAACCAUGACUUUUGGCGCGCUGUGAUAGUCUCAAGCGUUUCUAAGUGUUUAUAGUGAAGAAUAUGCGCUGGGACCGUUUACUUCAUUUUGUCUUUCCACUUCCGGGUACCAAUUCAGUGUCCGGACCGGUCAGUUGCCUGAUGCGCGGAGUGAGCACAGUAGCUGAUAAUGUUACGGUGCACAUCCGCGUGUCACUUGCACGACCUGGCCUCACAAACGCCAGCAUCAGGAUUACACACACAAGGAGGUAGAUAGCUCAGAUGUCAUAAAGAGAGGGGCCAAAUGGCAUAGAGCCUAUCGUAACAAUUAAAGUCAUUUCGUAUGACCCUAGCCACUACAAUCUUCCCGUACGGCCCCGGGUAAGAAGAGACAAGAACUAGACGCCAGUGGGAAAGAGGAUUUUUGUGCGGAAUGAUGAAGGAAUGUUGGUAGCCGGACUAGAGUGUGUCUGGCGCCGCCAAGGCAGCGCCCGCCAGAGUGACGUGCCGUAUCUUGCCUUAAACUGCUGCUGCAAAAGUGUCCAGGCAAGUUGUUAACGCCACUAAUUUCGUUUAUACUCCUCUGUAACCAACCGGCGAAAGGGUUGCUUUGAUUGACUUUAAGCCCACGCGAGGGUAGUGACAAGCCUCGCAUGGUGAAGGCAGAGAGUCGACCGGAUGCGUGGUGCGGACAGAAUUGCAGCGAGACAAAUUGAAGGCAGCUAGGCGUGCGUGCCGAAGCAGGUUGGCACUGGUGCGUUGGUGCAGGCACUGGCAAGAGGCGCGGCGUUUCCAUGACCACCUAGUGUAAUGCCACUACAAGCCCAGCUACGCGAGAGGUGUUGUUAAUGUGAGGUGUUGAAGAUGCCCAUGCGUGAUGUAUGUACUGAUGAGAGAGUGUGCGAAGACAAUGGAGUAAUUGGCGCGGAUGAGGCCGGUGUAUCUCGGUGCCCCGAGCACUGGCUCGCCAGUCUCCGUGAAAUGGAUUCGCAAGUAACUGGCCAGGACGAUGCAUGAGGUGAAUGUGUGGUAACAUCGUGGGCUGGACAGGUCGGGAGCUGCAGAGUCGGUCUCUUUGAUGGCAUUGUUAAUGGUGGGCACGCAGGACAACGGGGUGUGGAUUGCGCUAGGCAUGGUGGGUGUGCAGGGUGUGCCAGGUGUGUCGAUACCACAGUGGGUUCCGAUUUCGUGGAUGCGCAUGUGACCGAAUAGACCCAUGCUGUCAAUGAAUGCGCGUGGUCAGGGAAGGCCGAUGCGGCGAAUGUAUUUUGGUGCCUCAAAUACUGAUGAGAGUGGCAGCUAGUGGACGUCGGGAGAGUUUCGGUCGGUUAUGGCCGUCGUCGUCGCGGAAAUGUCGUCAUUGAUGAUGGAGACGGUGCUGAUCGAUGACGGUGGGGCACAAUGAUUCGGAGCAUCGGCAGUGGGGACGAGCACCGUCGCGGAUGCCGGGGUGAGUUGAAGCAGGAGUGAUCAUGGAGACGACAGUUAGAGAUGUCAGUGGUUGGUGCGUCGGGUCCCGAUAUGUCCAACAAGGUCGUUCUGAGCACGGAAUGUUCGUUGGCACCGUGAGCAUGCCAGGGAGGGUUGACCGUUCAUGUUGCAGGUGAAGGGUGCCUAAGACUUGCAAGCUUCUCCCUUGGCUUUGGCAGUGGCGAUCUGGUUGGCUUUACGGAUGGCUGUCUCUAUCUCUACUGCUCUUCUCCGAGUCGGUCGGCCUUGCGCGGAGUCUUCCCGAGUCUUCUGGUUGAUUUAUGGUUGCCUCAAGUAUUCUUCCAUUUGUCCUUGGAGUGAAGAGUUCGAUUUUCUCGUCGCGAGCACCCGUGGCGACCUCUCCGUAGAAGAGUGGUUUUGGUAGGCAAGUGCCAUUCAUCCUCACGAGAUGGCCGCUCCAUCGCAAUUGCAGUUGCCUCAGAACGACGUGGGUGCUGAAAAUUCUGGUAAGUUCCAGGACUUCCGUGUCCAGGAUCCUGUCCUACCACUUCAACUUUAGCAUCCGUCUGCGACUAAUGACAUAGGAGUGAUUGAGCUUCCGUGCUUGUCUGAUGCAGAUUGUCCAGGCCUCCACACCAUACAGCAGCGUGGGCAGGAUGACAGUUUUGUAGGAUUUCAUUUGAGUGUUCAGGUGGAGACAAUACCCGUUCGAAACGGAGUUCCGUAACCGUUCGACGGCCUGAGUGACUUUGGAGGUCCGGUGGGUUCCUUCGCCGUUGAUUUUGAUGCAGUUCUAGUGUGCUGCCUAAUUAAGCGAAAUCGUUUGCGGCAUUCAGCUCGGUGCUGUUGAUGUGGGUACGAGGAAUACUGUAUGCAGCGUUCGGUGGUGGCUGGUGCAUGACCACCGUUUUGUCCGUAUUGAUUAUCAGUCCGAAGUUAGCGCACCCGGCGGCGAAGAGUUCCAAGCUCUAUCGAAUGCCCUCUUCGGUCCCGGUGUUUAGCGCACAGUCGUCCGCAAAGAUCGGAUCGUGGACUGUAAUAGUAGAAAGCCCUAGUUAGGCCUGCAGGCACCGCAUGUGGAGAAGAUGGCUAUCAGUCCUGAAGGCGCUGCCGGCGCGCUCAUCAUGGCAGACACCUAUAAACACGGCAGACCGAAGAUGGGAGUGCAAGUACACAGACCAGCCUUACUCCCUUCUCCGCUGCAAAUACUUCUGGGACGGUCCCAUUUUCUAUGACGCACGCCAUCGUCUCCACCUGAAACUGAAACAGCACAUGCGGGAAGCGCUCGGAUCGGCCGAAUUUCUGCGUGCCUUUCCACAGUCCCUCGAGAUUUACCCCGUCAAAGGCUUUUUCACAACCACGAAGUUGGUGUAGAGGUGGGUUUGCAUCUUCUGACACAUCUCUUUUAGCUGGUGGACGGCGAAGAUCAUGUCGGUGGUUCUAAGGUGACGUUAGAAGUCACAUUGGCUUUUGGCAGAAGUUCUUCCUCGAGAUGACCGUUGAUACGAUUGGACAGUAUAGGAACGAAGAUCAUCCCGGCGCUGUUGAGCGGCAAAUUUCAUCGGUGGCUAUCACCGAGUUGCUGGCUCCCCUUUCCUUUGUAGAGGUGGGCGACUGUCGCAUCUUUGAAAUACUGAGGACCUUGUCUUCAGCGCCACAUCUCCUGCAGUGGUGUGUUGGUCCAUUAGUUUGGGGCUAUAGUGCUUAUGAACCUUGAUCAGAGUCGCACCGGAUUCCCAUACAUUCCCGCAGGAUAGUUGUUGCAAGGCGCGGCUGAUUUCUGAAAGGGAUGAGGGGAGGUCCAUGUCUUCAUUCAUUUUCACUUGGGAAGUCGGUCGAUAGCGAUGGGAAUGGUUGAUGGGUAGUUGAGCAUGCUGCUGGUGUGCUCAACUCAACACUUUAGAAUCUGUGAUUCUUCCAUCAGAAGCGCCACUACAUUGGAGUUGAGAAGUAGCGCGAUUCCUUUGGUUGAGAGGUCGUAGAUCGCCUUGCUCGCUGCGAAGAAUUUGCUUAAUUCAUUGCCGUAUGCAUCUCUCUGGAUCUCCUCCGUCUUGCGAGACAUCCAGGCGUUUUUCAUUUCUCGCAAUCGUUGGUGCAGAAGGCGGCGACAUCGGCAGAAGGCCACUUUGUUCGUAUCGGUUGGGCGGUCAGUGUAGGCUCGAUGUAGCCUGUUCUUCUUGGCGAGCAAGGUGCUUAUUAUUGAGUCGUUUUCGUCAAACCAGUAUUGGUGCUGACGAUGUGCGCGUCCACUGACGUCCAAAGCUGUUGUUUGAAUAGAUGUCCGCAGCUGACACCACAGAGUCUCCCCGAUGGCGUGCUAAUCCGGGGCUGGCGGUUCUUCUGAUUGCUGAAAUGCAAACGGAAAGCAGGCAACUUCAACAAAACAGUAUUAAACUUAGCUGUUGAUCACUUAACUUGCAGCCCUCCGCGGGAUUUCAGAUGAAAUCUCAAUUUGGAGAUGACGAGACGAUGUUCCGUCCAGCCAACGACGUUGCAGACCCCAUUGGUCACCAUCACGUUCUGUCGAUCUCUCCUUCGUAACAGAGCAUAGUCCAACAACUGCCAGCGCCGCGAUCGGACGUGCACCCAAAUGGCCUUCCGCAUCGGCAGGCGGGAGAGCAUGUCGAUCAGAAUGAGGCGGUAUACAGCGCAGGUACGUAGGCAAAGGAGGACAUUAUCGUUGCAAUCGUUGAUUUCAUGAGGCCUCAGCUCAUCUCUCCAGGCAAAGUAGUUUGUCCCGACGCGGACGUUAAAUUCGCCAAGGGAAACCAGUUUUACGCCUCCGACACAGUCAUCUGAAGGGCGUGCAGAUUCCCGUAUAAUUUAAUCUUCGCCUCGUCGAAGCUGGAUAUUGUGGGGGCGUAAAAUGAUGAUUGUGGCGAAUUUGGAUCCUCGAAGAGGCAGGCACAGGCUCAUCAGUUGGUACUUGAUGACCCGCUGCAUACUAGCCAGUCGUUCCGCGAUGUCGUUCUGAAUAGCAAAGACGAUGCAUGCGUCUCGUAACUCUAUUUUGGGAUCGGUUGCUGCAGAAGAAGGUGUAGUUGGUAUCCACCUCAUCCAGCUAACCCUUUUUAGAGAACCGGGUCUUGCUGAGACAAGCAGUGUCAACCUUAAGGCGUAUCGGUUCUAUUUUGACUAGCGUCGUCCUCCAUUCUGGCCGGUUGUUCCUGGGAUUGUCGGAAAGGGGAAGAAAACUCCAGGCUACCAGAUUGAACGGGCUCAUCAUAGAAGCACGGAGGAGGUAGAGGGCAGCGGGACGAGGGUAACUGUUGUUCAUUGCAUUUCUUCGAUCGUGAGUUUUGCAUUUACGACUCACUGUACACAUGUAGAUGGCGCGAUUCUCAAGAAUUUGUUCACGAAACGUUUUCUAGUCCCCUACCAGUGACUACGUGAGCAGUGGCAUCCUCAAAUGAGGUUGCUCAGACAUCCUAGACGGCUGCCGAAUUCAAUUAUAAGUCACGGCUUUGUGUAGUGGAGGGCGACUCGAGUUAGCCUGGGCCCCCUAGGGGACUUUGCGUCGCCCUGUCAGUAGGAAUUUUGAUAUUGAGGAGAGAGGGGGGAUGGGGAGAGGAGCACAUUUUCCGGGUAUGGGGACACACACAACACUGGAAACCCUCAUCUGCUUUAGCCCGCCGGUCGAGGUGGUUGUCGGGGUGUGGCCGUUAGGAAGAGCCUAGAUCCGAGGAGCCACAUAUGAGAGUGUAGUGUCAGUUAAUGGACGCUAGAAGUAAUCAACACCUACAAGCAAGUGGCGUUCCGCAGGAGAGCGUUCUGAGUCAAAUUCUGUUCUAAAUAUAUGCGAAUGUCUGCCUGGACUGUCUGAACUGUGAGCGCAUAAUGUAUGCCGACGGUCUCAAAUUGUGGAAAUCAAUAUGGAAGCCGGAAGACUCUCUACAUAUACAAAACAAUUCGAAUCGCUCGCAACAGUCGUGUGAUUAGUGGUUCCUCAACCUCAUCCUUACCCAAUGUCAACUUAUCCGAUUACUAUCUAUCAACGGGCGGCCGUUGAGAUUUGAAUCUCACUACUAUAUGGGAGGUCACCAACUCGAAUUAAUCAACGAGUUAAGAUACCUCGGUGCGUGGAUGGCGUCAGCUCUCGAACCCAGGUCUCACUGCUCCGAGGUAUCAAAAAAGGCUAUGGGUAUCGUAGACGCGAUUAGGAGAUCCUUCCUAAAUUCUGACGAAGAACUUUUUGGUCGAGUAUUUGGAACAUUUGUUCGGCCAAUGUUUUAUUAUUGCGUCCAGGCAUGGUGUCCCUGUACGAAACAGGAUAACACCCUACUGAAGGUCGUACGAAGAAGAGCAACCAAGCUGGUCGACGGAUUAAGUUACUUACCUUAUGAGAGACGCCUGAAAAUGCAAUAAAAUAUUUUCUCUCUCUUAUAGACAGUAGAGAGUGGUAUGGUCAUGGCCUUUGGGAUCGUCCAAGGGCUCGAAUGUGCUUACCAGUUUGACGAUUUCUUCGAACUGGCGCGAACGAUCAAUCUUCGGGGCCAGCAAUACAAACUGAAGAUAAAAUAUGCAAAACUUAAUGUGCGGGCCAAAUUCUUCUCCCAUCGGCUGGCUGAAAGAUGAAAUGAUUUGCGAACUCCAUUAUCUUGGCGGAAAAUGUUAAGACUUUCAAAAAGGACUUGAUAAAUGUAUGCUUGAUGGUCAAAUAUUUACUCGAUAUCAGUGGCUGCAUAACCGUUUUGUAGAUAUGUGCAUGCUUUUCGUCCGUCUGUUUGGAAAUAGGAUUUUCCAACGUUUUGUCUAUAUCCUUUAUAUACACUGAAGUAUACUGAAUUACAAGGCCAUUUCUUUGACCUAACGCUGGACACACCUAUAUCGAACACACGCAAUAAGUUCGACCAUCGCUGCUGACGAUACAUGCCGUGUGCCCCACUACAACAACAGUGGAAUCUUUCUGUGAAUCUGUGCCUGCCGGUGUGGAAGGAGACCGCCUGGAUGCACCACCGAUCCCGGCGCUUGCGGCUGAUGGACUAUGUUCUUCUUCGCAGGCGAGAUCGACAGGACGUGGUGGUGAGCAAGGAGAUUUAUGUCGCUGAUGGCUGGGCGAACCAUCACCUUGGUGUCUCCAAGAUGAGGUUCUGUCCGCAAUCUCGCAGGAGGCCACAAGUUAAGCGAUCAUCUGGAAAGCUGAAUACCGCGUUGUUGUGUUUGCCUGCAUUCCGUUUUCAUUUCAGCAAUCAACUGAUCCAACUACUGGAAGACCUGGCAGAAGCAGGUGAAAAGGAGACCGUGCGGACUCGACGGUGCCGACGUCAGGACUCCGUCCAUCCGAACUCCACGGCCGCCCUCGGGCGCGUACGUCGCCAACAGCAGGACUGGUUCGACGACAACGACGCAGGCAUCACCAGCCUGCUGGUCGAAAAGAACAAGCUCUGCAGAACCUACCUUGACCUCUAA